AUGCGAUUGGCUGAUGAAUUACACAUGCCUUCCCUGCCAGAAAUGAUGUUUGGAGACAAUAUCCUAAGAAUACAACAUGACCAUGGUUUUGGAAUUGAGUUCAAUGCAACAGAUGCUUUAAAAUGUGUCAAUAAUUGCCAAGGUAUGAUCAAAGUGGCUUGUGCAGAGGAGUGGCAAGAGAGCAGGAGUGAGACUGAGCACACUAAGGAAGUUGUCAAACCAUAUGACUGGACUUACACAACAGACUACAAAGGAACCUUACUGGGAGAUGCUGUAACAUUAAAGGUUGUGCCUACAACAGAACACAUAAAUACAGAAAAAUUGAAAGCCAGGGAGCAAAUUAUGUUUUUUGAAGAAGUCCUUCUGUUUGAAGAUGAACUUCAUGAUCAUGGAGUAUCAAGUUUGAGUGUAAAAAUAAGAGUUAUGCCUUCCAGCUUUUUUGUCUUGUUGAGGUUUUUCUUGCGAGUUGAUGGUGUACUUAUCAGGAUGAAUGAUACAAGGCUUCACCAUGAGGCUGACAAGGCCUACAUGUUACGAGAAUAUACGUCCAGAGAAAGCAAAAUAUCAAGUUUAAAGCAUGUUCCACCUUCCCUGUUCACGGAACCUAACGAGAUCUCUCAGUAUCUGCCUAUAAAGGAGACAAUUUGCGAAAAGCUAGAAUUCCCAGAGAAGCUGGAGCUGGAACCACAAGCAUCACUGGAAAGCACAUGUGUGGAGUCUAAAUAAAUGUGACUUUAUAUGGACUUGAA